AUGGUCCAGUUUCUUGAUCUUCCCCUAGAACUCCUUCCGCUGAUUGUCCAGCACUUCGUCCGACCAAGUCACUUCGCGGCACUAUGUUUAGUGAACAAGUACUUUUACACCUUUGCAAUAUCACUCCUGUACGAGCGUGCGUUCAUAUACGCAUGGCACAAGGAAGGGAAAGCGAAGGUCGUGAAACUAUUCAAAACACUCAGCGAAUGUUCACAUCUCGCGCAGCAUCUUCCAAACGUCAGUAUCUCAAAGAACGGGUGCGCCCCAUUCGUUCAUUGGACCUUGCAAACGGUGAAACCUCUUGAUUUUUUCUACGCCCAAAUUGCUCGCCGUAGAAACUAUGUUUUACUCACUCGCUCGGGUGUCGCAGUUAUCCGCGAUUUCCCCAAAGCGCUACAAUCCUCCGAUUAUGAUAACGUUCUCAGCAUCUGUCUGCAAGGCAUCCAAAACUGCGUUAAUCUACGCUCGUGUACAUGGACACGCGACGGAUCAUUGACGACAGAAAUACUGGAAGCGCUACUACACUGCUCGCACCUGGAGGAGCUCGAGAUCAACGGUCGUUAUGAAGGGCACUAUGACCCCAUCACUCUCCUUGGAUUCACUCAUCUCCGGCGUCUUUCACUCAUCAUGCCCAGCGCCCGGGUCAUCGAGAUGUUGCCCGCGUGGAUAUCCGUCACCGGAGCCUCCCUGAGGCACCUCAGCCUCAUAUGCAAGUCCUCAACGCUUGUUCACGAUGGUGUUUUGGAGAGCCUAGCCCCUCAUCUAGUCAAUCUAGAGCACUUGUACCUCGUGAACUGCCAGAAGGUCACUGAUCGUGGUCUUUAUACAAUUCUUUCGGGUACUACACAUGGCUUGUUUUCUCUGGGCAUGGAAGGUUUAUCGCCAGAAUUCGACAUGGCGCGCUUCAGCCAAGACUGUGUCCGUUCGGGUGCGCUCUCCCACCUCGGCUCAAUUACUUUAACAGUAAACGUACAAUCAUCUCCGACUUGGGAGAAGGAUGUACUAGCGCUGCUUGCAAGUGCACCACUGGAACGGUUCCACAUCUCGACUGUGGGUGGUCAUGUUGGACCCGCGCUGAGCGAGUCGUUCUGCACGAGCAUCGUCAAUGCGCAUGGGCACCGAUUGCGCCGUUUCUCCGUCCAUCGCAUUCGGAUGAGCAUGCUCUCCAUAGAUGAUAUCUGCAGGCGGUGUGUAGAGCUGGAGCAGUUGUUCAUUGUCGUUGAACAGAAUUCACUGGACUCCCUAGGUUCCUGUCUAGCGCAGGCACGUAAGUUAUGCGCGGUCCAUGUCAAUCGCCCGCUAGAUCUCGGGUCCGAGGACAUCCCGGUCAUGGCCCGCGAGCGCAUCUUAUCCAUAGUGAAGCAGUGCGGUCCGAACCUCAAACAGUUCGGCUACAACACGCGUGUUUUGCAGGUCGAGAGAGUCGUAAAGUAUGAGGAAGAUGGCUCUCUGGGGAUCGAUGUGCGGCUUGGGGCGUACGAGAAUCCAGAAAUCCCGGAACAGUUCCUCGUCGUUAGAACCUAA